AUGCAUCAUUUCGGUGAUAUAGAAAAGAACAUGUUGCUUAGGGAAGCCAUACAGGAUAUAAGAAACUUCGAAGCGGCGGCAGCUGAUUUAAAAUUAAAAAUUGGGAGGAUAGUUCUUUUAGACGAACGCCCUUUGCAACCAGCAGAGCCUGUCGAACCAACCACAGGUUGCUCAAAAGUAAGCUCACUUUGGGAACAGUUUUAUGAAGAAGUGGCACGCCAGGUACCCGAAAAUCCGGUUGCUGCGAGUAUAGUAGAAUUCGACAAGUAUAUGAAUUAG